AUGGCGGAUCCACGACAAUGUAUAGAACCAGAAAUAUCACCUUCGGAAAAGCCCACCGAAGUCAGCCCAUCAAAAAAGGAACCCCAGGAAAAGGCUCAAGCCGAAGAGGGUUCUAUUACCGGACUACGGCUUGCAUUGAUCCUGGUCGCACUCAUUAGUGCCAUGUUUCUCGUUGCACUGGAUCGCACAAUCAUUGCCACGGCUGUACCUAGAAUUUCCGACCAAUUUCAUGCUAUCGACGAUAUUAGCUGGUACGCCAGUGCCUACCUGUUGACCAGCUGCGCAACCCAGCUCAUCUGGGGCCGUAUCUACACCUUCUACUCGACCAAACUGUUAUUUUUGGCAGCAGUCGUGGUCUUUGAAGUUGGCUCUGCAGUUUGCGGCGCUGCACCCAGCUCCACGGCCUUUAUCAUUGGGCGGGCUAUUGCUGGAAUUGGCUCAGCGGGCAUCUUCAAUGGAUCAACUGUCAUCAUUUCGCAGAUGGUACCUCUGCACAAACGCCCCAUGUAUGUUGGCCUUAUGGGCUCCACAUUCGGGAUCUCAUCUAUCGUCGGUCCUUUGCUGGGAGGUGCAUUUACAGAUCGAGUGACUUGGCGCUGGUGCUUCUAUAUCAAUCUUCCAAUCGGGGGUGUCACUCUUCUCAUCGUUGCCUUCUUUCUUAAUUCACCACCUCAUUCUAACACAGCAACGUUAAAGCGCCAAUUGAUCCGACUCGAUCCCUUGGGUACAGUCCUGUUUAUGCCAGGGGUGAUUUGUCUGCUGCUGGCACUCCAGUGGGGUGGCACCGCCUACAGUUGGGACGAUGGUCGCAUUAUUUUAUUGUUUGUUUUGGCAGGCGUCCUGCUUAUCGCUUUCGGCGUCGUUCAAGUUUGGCGAAAAGAAGACGCGACGAUUCCACCACGGACCAUCAAGCAGCGUAGUGUUGCAUUUGGUGCAGCUUACACAUUCUUUGUCUCCGGGGCCAUGAUAUCGAUUCUCUAUACACUGCCACUGUGGUUCCAAGGAGUCAAGGGUACCAGUGCAGUGCAGUCAGGGAUAGACAAUAUUCCAAUGGUGUUGUCACUGGUUGUUGCCAGCAUUCUAUCUGGAGUAAUCAUAUCGCGCACGGGACACUAUGUUCCAUUCAUGUUUGUCGCGACCGUGCUGAUGGCUACGGGAUCGGGCCUGAUCACCACUUUUCAAGUUGACACGGGCCACUCAGCGUGGAUCGGAUACCAGGUUCUCUUUGGAUUGGGGCUGGGAUCGGGUAUGCAGCAGCCGACCAUGGCUGCACAAACCGUGCUCGACAAGACCGAUGUCUCGAUUAGUGUUGCUCUGAUAUUCUUUUUCCAAUCUAUGGGGGGUGCUGUCUGGGUCGCCGUCAGCCAAAAUCUCUAUAUCAAUCAUUUGGCCCAAGCCCUGCCCGGAAUCUCUGGCAUUGACCCAAGUGCAAUCCUCAAAGCUGGUGCAACGGGUCUGGCAGACAUGGUCCCCGAAGGCAAGAUUGGCCCUGUGUUAGUGAUCUAUAACUCGGCACUUCACCGGGCUUUCAUUUUGCCAGUAGCGCUAUCCUGCGUGACGAUCUUGCCAGCGCUAGGGAUGGAGUGGCGCAAUGUCAAAAAGGCGAGUGCGAUGAGAGAAAAAGAGAGUUUCAGGAGUCAGGAUGAGCCAGAAGAUCCACGUGGGAGUCGCGACUCGAGAUGUUGA